GCCAAGGCUGGGCGAGAAAUACGGAGAAGAGAUUUUCCUCAUGCUCGCGGUGCCUGGAGACUGGAAGGAAGAGUGUAAAGAAGGAGGAAGGAAAUUUGUGGCGCUUUCUACCUACUACGAGACUGACAAGGGGAGGGGGCAUCUAUAUUACAUCUUCUCUUCGUGAUUAAGAACUGCAGUUUCAGUCCAACCCCACGGAGCUCUGGUGACUGCUUACUUAAAAAAAAAAAAAAAAGAAAGAAAAAAGAAAAAAAUUGGCCGCGGCAGAGAGAAGGCUCAGUCUUUGGCUGUCAGAUCCAUUUAGGAGGUGGUAUUGGUGUAUGAGUGUGUGUGGUGGUGUUUUGUUUUUAUUUCUUUCUUUCUUUUCUUUCUUCCUUUUUUAUUUCCACCCCCCACCUCCUUUUUUUCCUUCUCUCCUAGGGGCUACACAAUGGCAGACUUCUCUCGCUAAGAUGAAUCCGGCUUGCCUUCUGCAGAUCCGCCCAUCCUCAGUUCCAUUGAGUAAAAGGCUAUGAUUUUCUCUUUGGGGAUCUUUUGUGCAUUACUAUUCUUCCUGAUUAGUUCUGGUCUCGGUUGGGAUUUCUUUGCUUUUUUUGGUUUGGCUUCAUGUGAAAAAGGAUUUUUUUUCUCUCCAACCCUUUGGUCAUGAUCCAGUGGUGAUCAAGAGGGGAUAAAUCAUUCACCCUGGCCGAGAAAAAACAGUCGCUGAGAAGUCUCAAAGAGAUAUACCACGUGAGGGGAAAAAACUGGGAGAAGAUCCGGAAUAUUAACGUUUUUCCUAUGGUAAAACCGGUGCCCCUCUUCAGGAGAACUGAUUUCAAGUUAUUAUUAUGCAACCACAAGGGCCUCUUCUUUCUCAGGGUGUCUAAGCUGCUGGGUUGCUUUUCGCCCAAAUCAAUGUGGUUUCUUUGGAACAUUUUCAGCAAAGGAACGCAUAUGCUGCAGUGUCUUUGUGGCAAGAGUCUUAAGAAAAACAAGAACCCAACUGAUCCCCAGCUCAAGGGCAUAGUGACCAGGUUAUAUUGCAGGCAAGGCUACUACUUGCAGAUGCACCCCGAUGGAGCUCUCGAUGGGACCAAGGAUGACAGCACCAAUUCCACACUGUUCAACCUCAUCCCAGUGGGACUGCGUGUCGUUGCCAUCCAGGGAGUGAAGACAGGGUUGUACAUAGCCAUGAAUGGAGAAGGUUACCUCUACCCAUCAACUCUGGUCUUGUACUUGCCUCCCAAAACUAACUUCAGCAUGCUCAAAAGGAAGCAAAGCUCCAGGGUGGAAGCCCAGCCAGUUACUGACUUUGGUCCUGAUGAAUCUCUAUCAGACAACGCUGACAUACUCUGGAUUAAUAAGCCAUGGGUGCACUCUUUGCUCCGCAUCUGUGCCAUCAUCAGUGUCAUCUCCGUGUGCAUGAACACACCCAUGACCUUCGAGCACUAUCCUCCUCUGCAGUACGUGACCUUCACCUUGGACACUCUACUGAUGUUUCUCUAUACUGCAGAGAUGAUCGCGAAAAUGCACAUCCGGGGUAUUGUCAAGGGUGAUAGCUCCUAUGUGAAGGAUCGCUGGUGUGUUUUUGAUGGAUUCAUGGUCUUUUGCCUCUGGGUUUCCCUUGUGCUACAGGUAUUUGAAAUAGCUGACAUAGUUGAUCAGAUGUCACCGUGGGGCAUGCUGCGAAUCCCACGACCACUCAUUAUGAUCCGGGCUUUCAGGAUUUAUUUCCGAUUUGAACUGCCGAGGACAAGAAUUACAAAUAUUUUAAAGCGGUCAGGAGAACAAAUUUGGAGUGUUUCGAUUUUCCUCCUUUUCUUCCUACUUCUGUAUGGGAUUUUAGGAGUUCAAAUGUUUGGAACAUUUACCUACCACUGUGUUGUGAAUGAUACAAAACCGGGGAAUGUGACCUGGAAUAGCUUAGCUAUUCCAGAUACACACUGCUCCCCAGAGCUGGAAGAGGGCUAUCAGUGCCCCCCAGGAUUUAAAUGCAUGGACCUGGAAGACCUGGGACUUAGCAGGCAAGAGCUGGGCUACAGUGGCUUUAAUGAGAUAGGCACGAGUAUAUUCACAGUCUAUGAGGCUUCGUCUCAGGAAGGCUGGGUGUUCCUCAUGUACAGAGCAAUUGACAGUUUCCCUCGCUGGCGUUCCUACUUCUAUUUCAUCACUCUGAUUUUCUUCCUUGCCUGGCUUGUUAAGAAUGUGUUUAUUGCCGUCAUCAUUGAGACCUUUGCAGAAAUCAGAGUUCAAUUUCAGCAAAUGUGGGGAACUCGGAGCAGCACAACUUCCACUGCAACCACACAGAUGUUCCACGAAGAUGCUGCUGGUGGCUGGCAGCUGGUAGCUGUGGAUGUCAACAAGCCCCAGGGACGUGCCCCGGCCUGCCUACAGAAAAUGAUGCGGUCAUCCGUUUUCCACAUGUUUAUUCUGAGCAUGGUGACUGUGGACGUGAUAGUCGCAGCCAGCAACUACUACAAGGGAGAGAACUUCAGAAGGCAGUACGAUGAAUUCUACCUCGCAGAGGUGGCUUUUACAGUCCUUUUUGACCUGGAAGCACUUCUAAAGAUAUGGUGCUUGGGAUUUACUGGCUACAUCAGCUCAUCUCUCCACAAGUUUGAACUCCUGCUUGUUAUUGGGACCACACUCCAUGUGUAUCCAGAUCUUUAUCACUCUCAGUUCACAUACUUCCAGGUUCUUCGGGUAGUUCGGCUUAUUAAGAUUUCACCUGCAUUGGAAGACUUUGUGUACAAGAUAUUUGGUCCUGGGAAGAAGCUUGGAAGCUUGGUGGUGUUCACUGCCAGCCUGUUGAUUGUCAUGUCAGCCAUUAGCCUGCAGAUGUUCUGCUUCGUUGAAGAAUUGGACAGAUUCACCACGUUUCCAAGGGCAUUUAUGUCCAUGUUCCAGAUCCUGACCCAGGAAGGAUGGGUGGACGUGAUGGAUCAGACUCUGAAUGCUGUAGGACAUAUGUGGGCACCAGUGGUGGCCAUCUAUUUCAUACUCUACCAUCUCUUUGCAACUCUGAUCCUCCUGAGUUUGUUUGUUGCUGUUAUUUUGGACAACUUAGAACUUGAUGAAGAUCUAAAGAAGCUCAAACAAUUAAAGCAAAGCGAAGCAAAUGCGGACACGAAAGAAAAACUCCCUUUGCGCUUGAGAAUCUUUGAAAAAUUCCCAAACAGACCUCAAAUGGUGAAAAUCUCAAAACUUCCUUCAGAUUUUACAGUUCCUAAGAUCAGGAAUCCUGAGUCCUGUGAGCAAUCUCUUAAGAGGAGAGGCAGGGAAAGCUUCAUGAAGCAGUUCAUUGACCGCCAGCAACAAGACAGCUGCUGUCUCUUCAGAAUCCUCCCUUCCACCUCCUCCUCAUCAUGUGAUAACCCCAAGCGGCCCACAGCCGAAGACAACAAGUACAUUGAUCAAAAACUCCGCAAGUCAGUUUUCAGCAUCAGGGCGAGGAACCUUCUGGAAAAGGAGACUGCGGUCACAAAAAUCUUAAGAGCUUGCACUCGACAGCGCAUGCUGAGCGGAUCAUUUGAGGGGCAGCCAGCAAAGGAGAGGUCAAUCCUUAGUGUGCAGCAUCACAUCCGCCAGGAGCGCAGGUCACUAAGACAUGGAUCCAACAGCCAGAGGAUCAGCAGGGGCAAAUCUCUUGAAACUUUAACUCAAGACCACUCAAACACAGUGCGAUACAGAAAUGCGCAAAGAGAAGACAGCGAGAUAAAGAUGAUUCAGGAGAAGAAGGAACAAGCAGAGAUGAAAAGGAAAGUGCAAGAAGAGGAGCUUCGAGAGAACCACCCGUACUUCGACAAACCGCUCUUCAUCGUGGGGCGGGAGCACAGAUUCAGAAACUUCUGCCGCGUGGUGGUCCGAGCACGCUUCAAUGCAUCGAAAACAGACCCUGUCACGGGAGCUGUGAAAAACACAAAGUACCACCAGCUUUAUGAUUUGCUGGGACUGGUCACUUACCUGGACUGGGUCAUGAUCACCGUGACCAUCUGCUCUUGCAUUUCCAUGAUGUUUGAAUCCCCCUUCCGGAGAGUCAUGCAUGCACCCACUUUACAGAUUGCUGAGUAUGUGUUUGUGAUAUUCAUGAGCAUUGAGCUUAAUCUGAAGAUUAUGGCAGAUGGUUUGUUUUUCACUCCUACCGCUGUCAUCAGGGACUUUGGUGGUGUCAUGGACAUAUUUAUCUAUCUUGUGAGCCUGAUAUUUCUUUGUUGGAUGCCCCAAAAUGUGCCUGCUGAGUCAGGAGCCCAACUCCUCAUGGUCCUUCGGUGCCUAAGACCUCUGCGGAUAUUCAAACUGGUACCCCAGAUGAGAAAAGUUGUCCGAGAACUUUUCAGUGGCUUCAAGGAGAUUUUUCUGGUCUCAAUUCUGUUGUUGACGCUGAUGCUUGUUUUUGCAAGCUUUGGGGUCCAGCUCUUUGCUGGAAAGCUAGCCAAGUGCAACGAUCCCAACAUUAUCCGGAGGGAAGACUGCAAUGGCAUCUUCAGAAUAAAUGUAAGUGUGUCCAAGAAUUUAAACUUGAAAUUAAGACCCGGAGAGAAAAAGCCUGGAUUUUGGGUGCCACGUGUUUGGGCGAAUCCUCGGAAUUUUAACUUUGACAAUGUGGGAAAUGCCAUGCUGGCAUUGUUUGAAGUUCUGUCCUUGAAAGGCUGGGUUGAAGUGAGGGAUGUCAUUAUUCAUCGUGUGGGACCGAUCCACGGAAUCUAUAUUCACGUUUUCGUAUUCCUGGGUUGCAUGAUUGGACUGACACUUUUUGUUGGUGUAGUUAUUGCUAACUUCAAUGAAAACAAGGGGACGGCUUUGCUGACAGUAGAUCAGAGAAGAUGGGAAGAUCUCAAGAGCAGACUGAAGAUCGCACAACCUCUUCAUCUCCCACCUCGGCCCGAUAACGAUGGCUUUAGAGCUAAAAUGUAUGACAUAACCCAGCAUCCCUUUUUUAAGAGGACAAUCGCGUUGCUGGUUCUGGCCCAGUCUGUGUUGCUAUCAGUCAAGUGGGACGUCGAGGAUCCUGUGACCGUUCCUUUGGCAACCAUGUCAGUUGUCUUCACCUUCAUCUUUGUCUUAGAGGUUACCAUGAAGAUCAUUGCAAUGUCACCAGCUGGCUUCUGGCAGAGCAGAAGAAACAGAUAUGAUCUCUUGGUGACAUCUCUUGGUGUCGUGUGGGUGGUGCUUCACUUUGCUCUGCUGAAUGCAUACACCUACAUGAUGGGAGCCUGUGUGAUUGUCUUUCGAUUUUUCUCCAUCUGUGGAAAGCAUGUGACAUUAAAGAUGCUCCUUCUGACCGUGGUUGUCAGCAUGUACAAGAGCUUCUUUAUCAUCGUAGGGAUGUUCCUCUUGCUGCUGUGCUAUGCCUUUGCUGGGGUUGUUCUGUUUGGUACUGUGAAAUACGGAGAGAACAUUAACAGGCAUGCCAAUUUUUCUUCAGCUGGCAAAGCCAUUACUGUAUUGUUCCGAAUCGUCACAGGGGAAGACUGGAACAAGAUUAUGCAUGAUUGUAUGGUUCAGCCUCCAUUUUGCACUCCGGAUGAAUUUACAUACUGGGCCACAGACUGUGGCAAUUACGCAGGGGCACUGAUGUACUUCUGCUCCUUCUAUGUCAUCAUCGCCUACAUCAUGCUGAAUCUGCUUGUAGCCAUAAUUGUGGAGAAUUUCUCCUUAUUUUAUUCCACUGAAGAGGAUCAGCUUUUAAGUUACAAUGAUCUUCGCCAUUUUCAAAUCAUAUGGAACAUGGUGGAUGAUAAGAGAGAGGGUGUAAUCCCCACCUUCCGAGUGAAGUUCCUGUUACGGCUGCUACGUGGGAGGCUGGAAGUGGACCUUGACAAAGACAAGCUCCUGUUUAAGCACAUGUGUUAUGAGAUGGAGAGGCUACACAAUGGUGGUGAUGUCACCUUUCAUGAUGUCUUGAGCAUGCUCUCCUACCGUUCUGUGGACAUCAGGAAGAGCCUGCAGCUGGAGGAGCUGCUGGCCAGGGAGCAGCUGGAGUACACCAUCGAGGAGGAGGUGGCUAAGCAGACCAUUCGCAUGUGGCUGAAGAAGUGCUUGAAACGCAUCAGGGCUAAACAGCAGCAGUCAUGUAGCAUCAUCCACAGCCUGAGGGAGAGCCAGCAGCAGGAGCUGAGCCGCUUCCUGAACCCUCCCAGCAUCGAGACCACCCAGCCAAGUGAGGACACUAACGCCAACAGCCAGGACCAGAAUACGCAACCUGAGACAAGCAGUCAGCAGCAGCUCCUGAGCCCCACUCUAUCAGACAGAGGAGGCAGUCGACAGGAUGCGGCAGAUCCUGGGAAACCCCAAAGGAAGUUUGGACAAUGGCGUCUGCCCUCAGCUCCCAAACCAAUAAGCCAUUCGGUGUCUUCGGUUAACCUACGGUUUGGAGGAAGGACAGCCAUGAAGUCGGUGGUGUGCAAGAUGAACCCCAUGCCAGACACAGCUUCCUGUGGCUCCGAGGUUAAGAAGUGGUGGACCAGACAGCUGACCGUGGAGAGUGACGAGAGCGGAGAUGACCUCCUGGAUAUUUAGCCGGCAACCAAGACAAAGGAAAUCACAGGGUGAAAACUGUUACUUCAUACUUUCCUUCAUCAUUCAAAAAGCAAUCUGUAAUUGCUAUAAGCUGAAUUUCACCUUGGUAGGGAUUUUCUAAAUCAAUUUGUGUCCAUUUGUAAAGAUGGCCUAUCCAAGCAGUAUGGGCUGUGGAUUACUGUCAUGUAUUAUAGAAAAUUUGGGGCUGGAGAUAUAGGUCAGUGAAAGAUCAUUUGCCCUGUGUUUGAAUCACAGAAACACAAGAAAAUAUAUGUAUAUAAUGGCAAUGUUGUUAAUAUUAGAAACUGCAUCAGUAGCAGCUAUAUCACAAACAUUUCAUGUAUUCUUUCUGUGUAAGCUAAGAUGUAUUCAUCUGCACUCUGUAUGUUAUGACUACUCCUCCCAAAGAGACCCACAGUCAUAGUACAGGUAUUAUAGUCUAGUUCACUUUUCCCCCAUUUCCAAUAGAAAUACUUCUCUUGGGAGAAAUUUUUAUCGUUGAUCUGAAAAUGUCAGCACUGAGCUCAUGCUAAAAUGAUAGCAGCUUCAAAACCACAGAUUCGGAAUUUUAAAAGCGUAUUCUUUUUCUCAUGUUAUUUUUAAAAAUGUGCAUGAGCUGUUCAUAAAUAAAAGCAAUUUGAUUUCUGUCUCUGAGUACUCUAAUGACAGAGUUGCCUGCUUCCAAGAAAGUUGUGUGUACAGGUCCCAGGUAAAGGAAUCAGCUCCAGAUGCUAAUCGGUGUAAAGCAAAUCAGUAGGUGGAUUAUGCCAGGGCCAUGAGGAGAAAAAAAAAUACUUCGAAAUCUUAAAAAAUCCUUUGAAUAGCUGAUUUUAGAAAACAGAAUGAAAGUGUUAGACUCAACUUAGGUAAAAGGCUUGCAUUUGAGAGGUUAUGAACUUUAUGGCUUAUCCUUGCUGUGGGCAUUUUGCUAUGAAUCAACAGGGACAUUGUGGGUUGGCUCUAAUACACAAUUGCAAUGCUAGAUUCAAAAUGGUAGUAGAUUCCCUGCUACCAUAAUUACAUAUGGAAAUAAUAGAAAGGUGAAAAAAAAAAACAAAAAUCUCACUCUGAACCCAGUUUGGGAGUAGCACAACGUAAUUGUGUUUUUCCCACAUGUCAAUGGUACAUGUCCUCAGGAAAAAUUAGAAACACAGAAUGAUUUAGAAGCACUGGUGGAUCCUAGCAUGGGCAGGGUCCUGAGUUGUCACUGCCAAUUUCAGAUUUAAUAUUCAGAUUAUUGUAAGAGGUUGAGUAUGGAAAAAUUCUCUGACUCCUGGGUUGCUUUUAUGAUAUCCCUUUCUCUAUUUAACAUUCUUCAAAUAGCCAAAUGUCAUGUUUUUUUUCUACAUAAAAUAGGUGGCAUUCUAUGAUCAUCUAUUGCUUAUAUGGUUACCUGUGUCUCUUAGAUAAUAGGCAAUUCAAGAUUGUGUAGCUGGGGGGAUUUUUAUUUGGUUAUAUGUUCAUUUGAAAUUUGAGUUUUGUAUAUAAAAGCAAAAUAAAUAUUGGACUUGUAAAAGAA